GAUGAUCAUUAAGGAAAAUUGUGUUGUCCAGCUUCGGUCUGAAUUCAAGAAGUGGAAUGAUGGUCUUAAUGACACAAAGACGUCCUUUGACAGUUCGAAGGAGCUUAGCCAGAAUUACAGAGGAAGAGAGCUGCCCGGCUUCAGCAACUACAGAAUUUUUGAGAUGAUUUUGCAGGACCGUGUGGCUAAACUUAAAGAGCCAGCCAUCGAAUCACUCAAUUCCAUUAAAGACAUUAUUCUCAAGCAAUUCACUGACGUGUCUCACCAGUGUUUCCAAAAACUUUCCCUGUUCUUCUAA